AUGAGUGUGGCCAAGAAUUCACUGGAUAACACGGGAAAUUCCAAUGAUGCUAUCGAUUGGGAUGAUAUGGUUUAUCAUCCAGCAUUCGGAGCAGAUAUUGAUCCCAAAGCAGGCUUACAUCCAGCUACUGAAGCUUUGCAAGCACUGAAAUAUGAAUCAGAAGAUCCAGAUGCUAAUGCUCGUAGUUACAAAGAAGAAGGAAAUUAUUAUUAUAAGGGAAAAGACUUUUCUAAAGCGAUAUUGUCUUAUACAGGUGGCCUACGUGCAAAGUCAUCAGAUCGUAAAUUAAAUGCAAUACUAUAUACCAAUAGAGCAGUAUGCCAUUUCUAUCUAAAGAAUUACCGAUCAUGUAUUCGUGAUUGUAAGUCUGCUGUCAGUUUGUCACCGGAUUAUGUUAAAGCUUAUGUAAAAGGAAUUGAGGCUUGCCUAGCACUUUCAAAAAUUGAUGAAGCUUUAGAAUUGUCAUCAACCGGCUUAAAUAUAUUGCCUUCUUCUCCUGAAUUACUUGAAGUACAGUAUAAGGUUCUUAAAAAGCAAAUGGAAUUAGAUAAGGAGGUUGAACAGCGAUCAAAAUUGGAUUGUAGAAAAGAAAAUGAUAUGAAUACUGAAUAUGAGAUUUUAAAGUCACGUGGAAUUAAUGUUAAUCUCAAAUUAAAACCUAUUGAUAUGCCAGAAGUGGGUUGUUCCACAUUUUAUGUGGAUUCAUUGGGUAAAUUUCACUGGCCUAUUCUUUUUAUGUAUCCUGAAUUCGGACAAACUGAUUUCCUCCGUGAUGUAAUUGAAUCAAGCAUGAUCAUUGAUUGUUUAAAGUUAGUUUUUGAUGUGAAUCAGCCUCCUCCACCGUGGGAUCCGAAGCGCCUAUACUCCCUUGAAGAUGAUGCUAUAGAGGUUUAUUUUGAACAUGAUAUAAUGAAAAAGUUUAUUCUUUGUUCACCGCAAUGUACAAUCAAAAAACUAACUAAACAAAAUGGAUUUAGUGUUGGCAGAGAUCUACUCAUUAUUUUACAUGUGAUAUCUAAACGAUCAACACAUUUCUAUAGUAGUUGGAAAGACGAGAAAAUUUAA